AUGGGUCGAGUGCGCACGAAGACAGUGAAGAAGUCCUCCCGUCAGGUCAUCGAACGAUACUACUCGAAGAUGACACUCGAUUUCCACACCAACAAGAAGGUCUUGGAGGAGGUGGCAAUCAUCCCUUCAAAGCGCCUUCGUAACAAGAUUGCCGGGUUCUCGACCCAUCUGAUGAAGCGCAUCCAGAAGGGACCUGUUCGUGGGAUCUCCCUGAAGCUGCAGGAGGAGGAGCGUGAGCGCCGCAUGGACUUCGUGCCAGACGAAUCUGCCAUCAAGACAGAUCGUAUCGAGGUUGAUCAGGAGACUGUUGAUUUGUUGGAGGCUCUUGGAAUGAAGGAUCUUCCUGGGGUUGUCCUUAGGGAGGACCAGGGCCCGAUUAAUGUGGCGCCGGCAAUGACAUACGGCCGCGGCGGUGGUAGGCGAUACUGA